AGCUGAAUCAGUCUCAUGACGCACCGGAGGGGGUUGUGUGUUCAGAAACAACACGUUACACUAACAAAGCUAAAAAGGUGGAAAUGAGCAAACCUCUCGAUGACGUUAAGCAGGAAGAUCUGUUGGAAGAUCAGUCAACUCUCGUUAAAAAGUGCAGCACAGAUUCGUCAAGUAAUCAAGGAGUGGUGACACACAUUAACAGGAAGGAAGACCAAAUCCCGGAUGUUUUACAGUCAGAGGCAAUGUGCACGAACAAAACAACGAGCCAAGAAUCAUCUCCAUCUGCCUCCAUCAAAAGAAAGAGAAGGAAGAAGAGACGACUCAGUGUUGAGCCAGCUGAGAGUGUGCACGGAUGUGAGAGGCAGGUUUUAGUGAAGCAGAGUGACUCAGAGGAAGAAUGGUCUGCAUGGAGAGGAGGAAUGGGUCUGUGUUUAUCUGAGGAUAUUCAUUUAUCUUGUUUAAAGGAACCACAAAAUAAUGGUUUGUCCUCUUUAGCUGCAUAUUCACUCACCAGCAAUCUCCCAGUGAAGAUAUCUGCUCAAGGGAUCAAAGUAACCGAUCUCCUUAACUACGGUCCUCCAUGUGACAGUCAAUACCAAUAUUUACCAGAGAGCAUAAUCAGAAAGGCAGCAGGCUCAGUUAAAAAUAAUCCAACAAAUGGUAUGUCAGUAGCCCCACUUAGUCAAACUGAUGACAGUGUUGUAAUGUCAGCCCCAAACAAUACUGGCAAUGUGUCAACAGCUUUACAGCCGUACGUCAAAUUACAUGAAGAAGAAUCAACUGGGUUGCCAGUUUCAAUUACUGAGGGUGUAGCUGGUAAAUCAGACCCAGCCAUGCAAAUGGCAAACUUUGGAGGAAAGGACACUCACACAGAGACUCACCAACAGUGUGACAAAGCAAAUCAUUCUAUCAAUUGUAAAAAUGAGCAAAAUGCUGAGUUUUGUACAGCAGAGGUCAAAUCAGUAGGUAAAUUAUCAAGUGCAGAGUCAAAUGAUCCUGCAGUGGAAGUCAGCCAACAUGACAAACUAUCUGCUGCUAAGUCAGUCCUGGCUGUAGAGGCUGGAAAUUCUGGCAGAGACAACCACACACUGUGUCAAAAAGAGGCUGAGCCCCAACAACAGCUGGAAAUUGACAGUCAAGACACAGACCGAUAUAGAUCUACGCUGGAAGAGACUCACUUUCCUCUGUCUGCAGGCAGUUCUGACGUGCACGACACAAAACCCGAGCAAUUCCAUGCUGGAGCCUUGGAGGAGAUUUCAGGUCAAGUGGGCUGUGCUAAGUUAACAUCAGAUAGCAGCAAUGCACUGCCUGAUAAACACUGCCCCCCCUGUUCAGAUAUAAAUGUUACAGCACAGCAAACAGAACAUCCACCGGUGCUUCCCACAUUAUCCAAAUUUGACGUAUUGUCAGAGAAAAACACAACAGAUGAGAGAACUCAAUUGGCAGCAUCACAAAUAAUGUCUUUAAAAAGUGGGAAUCCUUUUGUAGCUGGCGAAACUGAUCUAACAGGCAAAAGUCAGAGAGAAACUAAAUCAUCCAUGUCUGAUGACUUACUAACAAGUCUUUCAGUAUCAUCCUGCUGCACUCUGGACACAGAGUCCAUCAUGUCGCUGUCAAAUGAAAAUAUCACAGACAUUUUAGAAAAUUCUUAUUUAUCCGUCAGUGGAAAAGACCCUGGAGAUCCAAGAGAAAAAAUGUCGCUAUUACUGGCAAAGCAUGCGGAGGGAGAUGGCACAUCUGAAUCCAAAGGCCAGUCUGGAUCAAAUGGCACAAAAUAUUCAAAAUGUAACUUAGUGGUCAAAGAAGAAGACAUGACUGCAGUAUCUAAAGCAGAACGCCAACCUGCAAAGUCACCAGAUAAAAAACCUUCAGUAUUCGCGAUGUCUUCUUUUUGGAGUGAGAUGGAGAAGCUGACAAUAAAUGAUAUUCUGGGUUUACGAAUGAUUAGCGAAGCUGCUCCAACCAACUCCCUACCACCUUUACCGGAAAUUGAGGAGGCUGACAUGUUAGCUUUGACGGAUUCAGGGAUUUUUACUCAACUGGAUGAAUCUAAGCCUGAACAUACCGAUGAAGAGUGGUCCGGUGAUCCUAAAUCUGCAGAAUCAAGUUCUGGUUCUGUUACAGCAGUCGAAUCAAAUGGCGUUAUGUGGGAGAGUCUAGGGGCUGGUGCUUACCCUGAGAAGAUGAUGUUGACAUCUGUGAGUGAUAUUGCUCAACCGGUCCUCCCUGUAGGUGCUCAAACGUGCCUCAAAAAGAUUUCUAAAAAUAUAAGCGUGCAUAAUCUGCCUGCCCUGGCAUCUGAGUCUUUUCACUACAAGAGGAAAAACCAAACUUUACAAACCUUAGAUGAAGGGGAAAUACAGAAAGUAGAGUAUUUCACUGAUGGACACAUGCCUAAGCAAGACAAAGAGGUGGACACUUCACUUUCAAGCUACAAAAUCUCUCUCACAGAUAUAUUUCAGUUUCUGUUGGGUACAAAGCAAUCAAUUUCCAGCCAAUCAGCCACAGAGAACAUAAACAGCUGCUACACUGAGGGAAAUUCUGUCCCUGAAACGUAUCAUCAUUUCUUCUCAGAGUUCGAUACAGAAAGCUUCUUCGCCCCUCUCAUUGAAGCAGAAGAUCAGACCAAAGACGAGAGGGUUCCUAUCUUUUCCUGCUCUCGCUCAGCUAACAGAAAUAUACAGUUCCCUGAGGCUUAUGAGCAAUUCUUUGCAUCCUCUUCAUCUUCUGAUGAUUCUUCGGCAGAAUCUGAUGAAGAGGAUAGUCACAGCCCUGUGAAGGUGGUGACCAGGUUCAGCCGUACAUCAAGCACUUCUAAUUUUUCUAAAGAUGUAUAUGAGAAUUUCUUCACAGAUGGCGACCUCAAACAGAAUUUCUUUUGGAAAAACACACUCUCCUUCAGGAAUAUUGGUUUGACUGGAUCUACGGCACAGAAGCAGGUUCUCUCAAACCCUCUAUCUCGUGGACCAGAGAAGCAAAUUGGCAGAUUGGGAAGGGCCGUUCAUUCAAUUAAUGCUCUGGGAAAUCAAGACGUGAUGGUUCCUGAUCCACUUCUCUACAGCCUGCAGGACAGGAUCGCCACACAACUAGCACAGCAGCCUUUCAGAUACGAGGACCUGCAGACGCCGGUCUCAAAUCCAAGGUUGGAUGCCUCCUUCCUGCCUCUCAGACAGUCAGACAUGUGUCUGGUUUGUAUUGCAUUUGCUUCGUGGGUGCUGAAGACUGCAAACCCACAAGUUGGAGAUACCUGGAAGGCUGUUCUGCUGGCGAAUGUAAGUGCUCUGUCAGCCAUUCGAUACCUGCGUAAAUACGUCAAGGUGGAGGCAGCAGCUGGUGUGAAGAAAGUGGAUUACCCCACUCCAUCUGAUUCUUGAUGCCUCUGCCUCUAAAUACGUCACGCUGAAAAUGAAACAUUUUCCAUGAACACCUGAUAUGAGCCAGAGUGAGACCGCAGUCCUGUGAGGAAGUUUGAUGUGUUGUUACAUGUCUGCUUUAUGUAAAUGCACUAUUUGUAUUGAUUUCUCCGUUUAAUUGACAUGGAAAGUAGUUAUAUUUAAUAGCUGUUCAUUCGUCAUUUCGACAUAUUGAUCUUUAACGUCUGAAAGCAUUCAUAUUAAAUACAACCUCUAAUUCCAAAAAAAGUUGGGAUGCAAUGUGAAAUGUAAAUACAAACAGAAUGCAUCAAAAUCACAAACUUUUAUCAGUUUGAACAUAAAAUAUAUUGUAUUUUUACAGUUUUCAUAGAAUAUUUAUCAAAAGGGAUUAGCAAAUCGGUUCCAUUUGUGUUUCAGACUUAAACGUUUUUCCCAACUUUUUUUGGAAUAUGGGUUGUUUGAAACGACCAAAGGCAAGACGUGACUUGUUGUCAUCAGAAAGAAAGAUUUAGACAUUUGUAAAUAAGGUUUCAGUAUGUGCAGACUGAAGGGAGAUUAGAGGCAGGUUUACCCAGAGCUGUACAGAGUCAAGACGUUAGAUGGACAUGUGAUAAAUGGAUUAACUUGAAGGAUUUAAGAUGGUUUGUUUCCAUUCCAUCCAUACACAAUAUUGGACAUAUUUUACAAAAUAGAACAGUGAUUAUAAUGUUUUCCAAAAUGACAAUGAACAAAACACCCUUACAAUUCAUUUUGGGGGGACUAUAUUCUGUGCCAGUAUCAGAUUUAUAACUUGUGAUUUUAUAGAUGACUGUACAGUAUUUUAUCAUAUGGGUUACUCUGUGAGAUGUUGAUAUCUUUCAGUUUAACUCCAGUAAACCGAUUCUUGACGUGUGCUGUGUCUCUGAAAAGGAAACAUUUCAAACACUAGAGGGCAGCGUGAGCUCAUAUAAGAACCUGGGGCCGGAUUCACAUUCUUAAGGAAAAAAAUGCUUCUUAAGUGCCACUUGUUUCUUAACUUUGCUCUUAAGACAAAUUUUCAGAAGAUUUGGUAUUCAUGAAGAAAUUCUUAUCUUUUCUUUCUUCUUAAGUUUUUUUUUACUAAGAUAGAACUUGAGAACAAAUGAGAUUCUUGAAAACAAAGUUCUUAGAUUUCUUCUCAUAUUUUUUCACAACUUUAAGAGAAGCCCUCACCAGUCUUAAAACAGCUACAGUGAAAAGAUAAGUCUUGAUAUGUAUUUACUUAAACAAAUUUGUAUGACAUUUAAUUGAUUUCUUUGAUAUUUAGUUUAGCCCUGGACUUAUUUGUUAAGAAAUGAUUAUUAUUAUUAUUAUUAUUUUGGCAGUUGACAUAGAAUUGAAAUGGCCUUUCAGUCGGUGUGUCAUGUAGGUUUAUUCCUAGAUUACACUACAAUGUACUCUUAGUAAAUCACGGAGGCAGUUGUUGUAAUUGAUAGGCUACUACUAAAUUAAUCACUAUGAACAUAUUAUUUAAGUAGGCCAAGUUACUGAAACCAUGUUCUUACUAUUAUUACUUUUAAAAGGAAGGUCUUUGGGUGGCAGCUAGGGAGCAAAAUCCACCACCAGGCCUCUGAGAGACAGAAUGGAUCCUCUUACACUCCCUGAUCAUGUCUUAUUUAGACAUUAUAGGCUCCCUAGGCCCACAAUUGUUUUUCUGGCGAGGGAUCUUAAGUUAAAAAUCUAAGAACGUCCUAAAUGAGAAAACUAAGAAGUUCCUAAGAUGUACGACAAUUCUUAAGAAAAAAGUGGUGGAUAGCAUUUAAGAACAUUCCUAGGAGCAUUUUUUUUUUUUUCCU